ACCCACUGAGCCUAUAUAAGGGCUGCAGACCAUUCUGAUUUCUCACUUUGCAUUUUGACUUGGGCUUCAUGCAAAAACAAAUCUGUGGAAAGCAAACCGCUGGAGAUAACCUACUGCAAACUGAUCCUUUGGAAAAACAAAAGAACAACAAAGAACAACACAACUACUGAAUCACUGACACUGUGGUCAAAGAAAGAGCUUGGUAAUGGACUCUGGUGAUGGUCGUAUGCCUAUAGUACCUGAGGAGCACCUGCAGGAGUUUCUGAGGGGAUGCGCCCAUGGGUUGCAGAUAGUUGCAGGCCAUGUAGACAACAUCCUACGUCCUGCAGAACCUGGCCUCCCUGAAGAGGAAGGUGAGUAUGAGGAAGGUGAGUAUAACAUUGGUCACCGUUUUCCCCCUCUCGGAGAAGAUGACCAUCAACUUGAGGACACCGACGAGGAGGAGGAUGAUGAAGACACCGAUGAUGAGGACGAUUGGUCUGACUGGUCUGAAGAUUCUGGGUAUGGCUCCAUGUCUGAAGAGGACGAGGAUGCAGAGGAAGAGGAGCAAGAGGACAUUGACGAGGAUGUUGAUUAUAAUGAUGAUAACGACAUCCUACCUUACUCCCCUCUCAUCCAGCACUUCCCACCUCCAAAAUGUUGGCAUCAAUGUCUACCAGUGUGUCCUUCCUUUCCCACUGGUGCUCCAUUCUGGUUCUGCCCAUUUGGUAGUCUGCAGCAGGAGCUUCCUGCGCUGCAAGUGAGACAACCUGAAGAUGGUCUUCCCUCAGCCUCUCAAAGGUCAGAAGAGUCUGCACCUUCAACCUCAGGCCUCGGCUCCUCCACAAAGAGAAGCAGGGAAGAGAGCGACACCUUGCAGGUAAGUACGAAGAGGCUGAAGUGGAAUUGUGAGGACAGCCACGAUGAGUCACCGCCCUCGACUUUAGGCCUCGGCCCCUCCACAUACAGAAGAAGGGAAGACAGCUCCAGGGAGUCUGCACCCUCGACUUCAGGCCUUGGCCCCUCCACAUACAGAAGAAGGGAAGACAGCUCCAGGGAGUCUGCACCCUCGACUUCAGGCCUCGGCUCCUCCGCAAAGAGAAACAGGGAAGAGAGCGACACCUUGCAGGUAAGUACAAAGAGGCUGAAGUGGAAUUGUGAGGACAGCCACGAUGAGUCACCACCCUCGACUUCAGGCCUCGGCCCCUCCACAUACAGAAGAAGGGAAGACAGCUCCAGGGAGUCUGCACCCUCGACUUCAGGCCUCGGCCCCUCCACAUACAGAAGAAGGGAAGACAGCUCCAGGGAGUCUGCACCCUCGACUUCAGGCCUUGGCCCCUCCACAUACAGAAGAAGGGAAGACAGCUCCAGGGAGUCUGCACCCUCGACUUCAGGCCUCGGCCCCUCCACAUACAGAAGAAGGGAAGACAGCUCCAGGGAGUCUGCACCCUCGACUUCAGGCCUCGGCUCCUCCGCAAAGAGAAACAGGGAAGAGAGCGACACCUUGCAGGUAAGUACAAAGAGGCUGAAGUGGAAUUGUGAGGACAGCCACGAUGAGUCACCACCCUCGACUUCAGGCCUCGGCCCCUCCACAUACAGAAGAAGGGAAGACAGCUCCAGGGAGUCUGCACCCUCGACUUCAGGCCUCGGCCCCUCCACAUACAGAAGAAGGGAAGACAGCUCCAGGGAGUCUGCACCCUCGACUUCAGGCCUCGGCCCCUCCACAUACAGAAGAAGGGAAGACAGCUCCAGGGAGUCUGCACCCUCGACUUCAGGCCUUGGUCCCUCCCCAUUCAGGAGAUACUGGAUGGGUCCUUUUGAUUACAUGAGAAGAACUGAAGACAGCGACUCUGAUUAGGACAGAGUUUGGGACUGUUUGCUGCAGGAUUGGAAAACCUUUGCGUCUGGCUGGGUAGAUAAAUCCCUUGGUAGCGUCUUGCACCAGUGCCUAUUUGUACAUAUCUGGAAGCAGGAUUGUCCCUUUGUAAUCUUGAAGGCUGGCAAAGACUUAGAUAGCCUUCCCAUGUUUCUGGCGUGGUUGGCUAUGACUCAGGUAGCAUCUUGCACCAGGG